GAGGACCGGCCAUUUUUUUCUCUCCAUUGAUAGUGUUUGUGCUUUUUCUCCCCAUUGAUAGUGUUUGUGAUCUGCAAUCACUUUGAUUAAAGUUUUAUUAUUUUCAGUUUAGUUUUAUUGACCUUCGGGUUGAAAAAACACAAAUGAUGUUUGUGUUCACCGUCGUAAAGUUUUCCCGUUGACGUCGUGCUUGGGUUGAUGCCUGUAUAAACUGUCGCGCAAAUGGAAAUGGUGCCCAGCGAAGAGAACCAGCUCGUAACGUUACCCAAAGAGGGUGUGUGCUGUCUCUUGCAGACAGAGAAUGCAGCGGAAGAGCCCAGGGUGCUGUGCAUAGUCCAGGACACAACCAAUGCUAAGACGGUCAACGAGAGGCUCACCCUCAACCUACCAGCUUCCACCACCCUUUCCAAACUCUUUAACGAGGUUGCCCACAAAGCCGGCUAUGUCAGUGGCACCUUUGACCUGGCAUGGGGCAAGACCACAGACGUGGCACCACUUGACCUCAGCAGUGAGAUGUCCCUCACUGAGUCCGGCUUCGAGGCCGGGAAGAGGAACUUCCUCCAGCUCACAGACAAAGACGGAGAGCAGCCACAGCUUGCAUCGGACGACCUGGGGACAGCAGACAGCAGUGGCCUGGAUGACAGCUCCCAUGAGCGUUUAAUGGGCCCACUGCCCAGAGACUGCACGGUGGGUUGCAGCAGCGACUAUAGCAGUCCCAGCUACUCCUACUCCUCCAUACUCAACAAAUCUGACACAGGGUAUGUAGGUUUGGUUAACCAGGCCAUGACCUGCUAUUUGAACAGCCUUCUACAAACACUGUUUAUGACUCCAGAGUUCAGAAAUGCGCUGUACAACUGGGAGUUUGAGGAGUCGGAAGAAGACCCAGUCACCAGUAUCCCUUACCAGCUACAGAGACUGUUCGUGCUCCUGCAGACCAGUAAGAAGAGGGCAAUUGAGACCACCGACGUGACCCGCAGCUUUGGAUGGGACAGCAGCGAGGCCUGGCAGCAGCAUGACGUUCAGGAGCUGUGCAGGGUCAUGUUCGAUGCCUUGGAGCAGAAAUGGAAGCAGACAGAGCAGCAGCAGUUUUCUUCAAUUACGGCUGACUUGAUUAACCAGCUGUAUCAGGGGAAGCUGAAGGACUAUGUGCGCUGUCUGGAGUGUGGCUACGAGAGUUGGAGGAUUGACACAUACCUGGAUAUCCCGCUGGUCAUCCGACCCUUUGGGGCCAGCCAGGCUUAUUGCAGUGUGGAGGAGGCUCUCCAGGCCUUCGUCCAGCCAGAGACUCUGGAUGGGGCAAACCAGUACUUCUGUGAGCGCUGCAAGAAAAAAUGUGACGCCCGUAAGGGCCUGAGGUUUCUGCACUUUCCCUACUUACUGACCCUGCAGUUAAAACGUUUUGACUUUGACUACACCACUAUGCACCGCAUCAAACUCAACGAUCGCAUGUCUUUCCCCGAGGAGCUGGAUAUGAGUCCUUUCAUUGAUGUGGAGGAUGAGAAAUCUCCUCAGACUGAGAGCUGCACUGACAGCGGGGCAGAGAAUGAGGGUAGUUGCCACAGUGACCAGAUGAGCAACGACUUCUCGACAGACGACGGUGUGGAUGAGGGCAUCUGUCUGGACAGUGCCAGCAGUACUGAGAGGGUUCUGAAGCCAAAGAGUUCCUUGACCUUUGAGCUCUUCUCGGUCAUGGUCCAUUCGGGCAGCGCUGCGGGUGGCCAUUACUACGCCUGUAUCAAAUCUUUCAGCGAUGGCCAGUGGUACAGUUUCAACGACCAGCACGUCAGCAAGAUCACCCAGGAAGACAUCAGGAAGACAUAUGGGGGGUCCUCAGGGAACAGAGGCUAUUACUCCAGUGCCUUUGCCAGCUCUACAAAUGCUUAUAUGCUGAUUUAUAGGUUGAAAGACCCUUCAAGGAAUGCAAAGUAUCUGGAUUGUGACAACUUCCCUGAGCACAUCAAGCACCUGGUCCAGAGGGAAAAGGAAUCUGAGGAGCAGGAGAAAAGACAAAAGGAGAUUGAACGUAAUACCUGCAAGAUCAAGCUUUUCUGUAUGCAUCCCGUGAAGAUGAUGAUGAUGGAGAACAAGCUUGAAGUGCACAAGGACAAGACACUCCGAGAGGCAACAGAGAUGGCUUACAAGCUCAUGGACAUAAAUGGAGUGGUCCCAAUGGACUGCUGCCGUUUGGUUAAGUACGAUGAGUUCCACGAGUACCUGGAGCGCUCAUAUGAGGGUGAGGAGGACACCACCAUGGGGCAGCUGCUGGGGGGGGUCAAAUCCUCUUACAUGUUUGACCUGCUGCUGGAGACCCGCAGGCCGGAACAAGUCUUCCAGCCAUAUAAGCCCGGAGAGGUGAUGGUAAAGGUUUACGUGUUGGAUCUGAACACUGAGACCAUUGCCCCUCCUGUCAGCCUCAGGGCCUACCUGAACCAGUCGGUCACUGAGUUCAAGCAGCUUAUUGCACAGGCCACAGGGCUCUCGGCAGAAACCAUGCGUGUUGUCCUGGAGCGCUGCUACAAUGACCUUCGGCUUCUCUACGUGCCCAACAAGACACUGAAAGCAGAGGGUUUCUUCAGGAGCAACAAGGUUUUUGUUGAAAGCUCUGAAUCCACAGAUAACGAAGUUGCUUUCACUGAUUCUCUCUUAUGGAAACUGCUGGAUCGUCAUGCAAACACAAUCCGCCUGUUUGUCUCGUUGCCUGAACAGUCCCCUGGCAUCCACAGAACUAUUUGCCAAAAAGUAGGCUGUGACCCAGAGGAGUCCUUGGAGAAUUCAAAGGGCAGCAGAAAGUCUGUAGACGCCAUUUUGGAGGAGAGCACAGAGAAGCUGAAGAAUCUAACCCUCCAGCAGCAGCAGGGCUCCAGCACCAGUGAUAGCCAGAAGAGCUCAGACAGCAGUGACUUUGAGCACAUCAAGUCCCCUUCCCCCUCUCAGGAGCCCAACUCUGUUUCCUCUGUAUCUGCCGUAGUUGCAGUUGACAACCGCGAGCUGGAGAACCGGAUCCAGGCGGCCAGUGAAGGGUGUGGCGCUGUGAGCGGUGGGGCCUCCUCUGACCCGGAGACCCAGUUCACUGGAGAGGAGCGCUCUGACUCUGAGGUGAACAACGACCGGAGCACCAGCUCGGUGGACAGUGACAUCCUGAGCUCCAGCCACAGCAGUGACACGCUGUGCAACGCCGACAGUGGCCCUAUCCAAUUGGUCAACGGCCUGGACUCUCACAGCAUCACCAGCAGUCGCCGCUCCAAGGCCCGCGAGGGAAAAAAGGAGACAUGGGACACCGCUGAGGAGGACAGCGGCACAGACAGCGAGUACGACGAGAACGGGAGGAGCAAAACUGACUCCCAGUACCUCUAUUUCAGAUCAGAACCAUAUGCGCAGGAUGAUGGCUCUGGUGAAGGCCAGAAAUGUCUGCUGGUCCACGUGGAUAAAAGGAUAACUCUAGCAGCAUUCAAACAGAACCUUGAGCCCUUCGUGGGCAUCACCUCUUCCCAGUUCAAGGUGUUCCGUGUCUAUGCCAACAACCAGGAGUUUGAGAGUGUACGGCUCAACGAAACCCUCUCCUCCUUCUCUGAUGACAACAAGAUUACCAUUCGAUUAGGCAGAGCACUGAAGAAGGGUGAAUAUCGGGUGAAAGUGUACCAGCUACUGGUGAAUGAUGCAGAGCCCUGUAAGUUCCUGGUGGACACAGUGUUUGCCAAGGGUAUGACUGUGAAACAGUCUAAAGAAGAGCUGUUGCCUCAGUUGAGAGACCAAUGCAAGCUGGACCUCAGUGUUGACCGGUUCCGCCUGAGGAAGAAGACGUGGAAGAAUCCCGGGACAGUGUUCCUGGAUUACCACAUUUACGAGGAGGACAUCAACAUCUCCAGCAACUGGGAGGUCUUCCUGGAAGUCCUAGAUGGUCCGGAGAAGAUGAAGUCCAUGUCUCAGCUUGCCGUGCUGACGCGUCGCUGGACUCCUGCUCAGAUGAAAUUGGAGCCCUUCCAGGAAGUUGUUCUAGAGAGCAGCACUGUGGAGGAACUCAAUGAAAAGCUCAGUGAAAUAAGUGGCAUUCCUCUUGAAAACCUGGAGUUUGCCAAGGGACGUGGAACGUUUCCUUGUGAUAUUUCAGUUUUGGAGAUCCACCAAGAUCUUGACUGGAACCCCAAAGUGUCUACUCUGAAUGUGUGGCCUCUGUACAUCUGUGAUGAUGGUGCUGUGGUCUUCUACAGGGACAACACAGAGGAGCCCAUGGAACUGUCUGAAGAUGAGCGCAAUGAGCUGAUGAAAAGGGAGAGCAGCCGCCUGCUGAAGACAGGCCAUCGGGUCAGUUACUCACCACGCAAGGAGAAGGCCCUUAAGAUCUACCUGGAUGGGGGCCCAGCCAAGGACCCAGGGCAGGACUGAGGCCCCUUUGAGGCCAAUCCCUGUUAGCUGGCUGGCCUGACUGCCAAAGUGUGGCAUGGCCCGGCCAGGGGACCCUAUUUGGCGUGGAGCCCCAUGUUGAUGCAAUGACCUCAGCAGAGCUGUGUGGCUGACACGCCCUCCAAUCUGAGAUCUAGGGGAUAGAGAGUGGCUCAUGUUCUGACAUGGGUGCACGUUCAGAGUAGCGCUGUGUAACCAGAGAGGGAAAUAAACCCAACAGUCGUCCGUUUCCUCUCCUCUCUUCCCCUACAUUGUCUAUAUUUCCUUGUCUCCUUGUCACUUGGUUUCUUCCUCUUUUGGGUUGACUAGCAAUGUCUACCUGUCUAUGAUCAUGUACCUGCUUCAAAUUAUCCACAGCAUUUGAUAUUUCACCAGGCUAAAACAAUGUCCAUCCCAACCUUUUUCAAGUCAGAGAGAAUGAAGUAUCUAAAACAGCAAACACACUAUCCAGUCUUUUUAUUCUGUUAAUCCAAACUGCAAUUAUUUAUCAUCCUUGGAAUAUUGAGAUGUAGUUCACACUCAAGAGUUAUGGAUCUCUAUUCUCUUCUGUGUUUUGUAAUGCUGCAAAGAGGUUAUUUUGAUUUGCUGACCUAGAUGGUUUUUGCUGUUUUCCCAGAAUGCCACAGUGUGUAUCAGUGUGGAAAUGUAUAAUGCUGUGCUGCUUCAACCCCUAUGCUUUAUAGGAGCUCUUAUGUCACUUCCUCCUGAUUCACUGGUACCUAUUAGUCUUCCAAUUACCAAGGAAAUUAAAACAGAAUCCACCAAGUAGACUAGGUAAAGAAGCUCCUCGUGUUUUCUCCAUUGUAAAUUAUUUUUUUGUCCCAGACUUGAUGAUGAUAAGACACAUUACAUUUUUUUGUCUGUAUUUAACCUCAUGUUAAUUUAGAAUGUAUUUCCUCUUUUUGUUAUUGUUUUUAUUUCUGCACGAUGUGAAUGGCGUGCGUGUCUGUAGAAGGCACGUGCUUAUUGCUUGAGGGGCGGGAGCCCUCAGUGGUUUCGGGAGAUGGUUGGAUGGUGGUUGUGGCGCUACGUACCUGAUGCUGCUGCUUCUGACAGACUGUGACCAGAGGGCAUAGACCCUACUGGACCAGCUGCCUGGGUCUCCACACUGCAGGGCCCAGCAGAGCUCCUCCUGGCAUCUAAUGCUGCCACAAGUUGUUCACAGUAGAAACGCCAAUAAAAUAAUUUAUGUGGGUU